AAGAUGGCCGUCCUUAAUUCGGAAAUGGGUUUCACCGCACAGAAACCUGCCUCUCUGAGGCAAUAAAGAAUUGUGUAUGAACCUGAAGUAAUUUGAAACGUUUCGGUCUUAAGAAAAGAGGACUACAGGAGUCAUAUUACGUUUUUUAUAACCAGUAAUUCCCGGUGGGAAGCCGGGCGGAGCCACGUACGAAAUAGAGAAUGGACGGAGGGGAAUACAUAUCGACAAUGGAAAACAUGGACCCGACGUUGUCAGAGCUCGGAGAUGAAUUUACUCUUGGUGACAUCGAUGAGAUGCUUCAGUUUGUCAGUAACCAGGUCGGGGAUUUCCCUGACCUGUUUGAGGACCAACUGGGUUCUGGAUCCAUGCAGAAUGGGACGGGCGGGUCACACCGCCAAGCCCAGUCCACCCAGACCUGCUCUCAGACCCCGCAGACGACGGCCCCGGGAACCGUGUUCCAAAACGGCAGCGUACCCCUGACCCCCGCGCCCGCCCUCCCGCUCACCCCCCCGCACACGCCGGUCCAAACGACCGCCGCCGGCCAGCAGCAGCAGCAGCAGCAGCAGGUCCGCACCCCCCCUCUCCUCCAGCCCAGGCCGCAGGUCCAGGUCCAGGCCCAGACCAUCCCGGUCCAAACGCAGGCCCUCACCGUGCAGACGCAGAGCUUCCCCAUGCAGACGCUGGCCGUGCAGACGCACGGACAGACCCUCCCCAUGCAGACGCAGGCGCAGCCGGCACAGACCGUCAUGAUCACCCCCGGGGCGACCCAGUCCCGAUUCAUCCAGAACCAGGUCAUCUGCCACCAAGUCCCCACCACCGGGUUCCAAGUUCUGCAGCCUCAGGUGCAGAGCAUUGUGACAUCACCACAGGUCCAGCCAAUGACAAUCCAGCACCAGCGUGUGCUAACCCCAGCAGGGCAGACCAUCCAGACGCUGUCCACAGCGCCCACUGCUGUUCACACCGUCUCACAGCAAGUCCAACAGGUUCCUGUUCUGGUGCAUCAGCCUCAGAUUCUGAAAACAGACUCGCUGGUUUUGACCACGCUGAAACCGGACGGCACUCAGGUUCUCUCCACCGUGCAGAACCCGACUGGCAUCACCACCCUUACCACGCCCAUCCAGACCACCGCCCUCCAGGUUCCUACUCUGAUGGGCAGCAACAUUCUGACUACUGUGCCUGUCAUGAUGGGGGGUGGGGACAAGCUCCCAAUCAAACAGCUCUCUUCAGGCACCACCCACGCAGUGGGCGGGGCCAGGACAGCCACGGAGCAGGGAGUGAUGCAGGCCGGACAGGGAGGAGCGGUUAAGGAGGGCGAGAGGAGGACCACCCACAACAUCAUCGAAAAACGUUACCGUUCCUCCAUCAAUGACAAGAUCUUGGAGCUCCGCGACCUCGUCAUGGGCAACGACGCCAAGAUGCAUAAAUCCGGAGUCUUGCGUAAGGCCAUCGAUUACAUCAAGUACCUGCAGCAGGUCAACCACAAACUGAGGCAGGAGAACCUGGCUCUCAAAAUGGCCAACCAGAAAAACAAAUCGUCAAUCUGUCUGCCGGACGACGUGGAGAUGAAGCCAGAGGUGGCCAUAAUAUCACCUCCUCCGUCGGACUCUGGGUCCAAUUCUCCGCCCCAGUUCUCCCCGUUUGGCGUAGACUCGGAACCUGGCAGCCCUCUACUGGACCACGAACAGCUGAAGAGCGAGCCUGAUUCGCCCACCAACGUGGGAGUGAUGGACCGUUCGCGUCUUCUCCUCUGCGCUCUGACGUUCUUCUGUUUGUCUCUGAACCCUCUGCCCUCUCUGCUGGGCUCUGAUGUCAGGACUGGGCCGGGUUUGGCCACGGGCGAACACCUGCCCGCACGAUCCCUCUUUGGCCUGCCCAGCCAAACCCAAAACUUCGCGUCGUGGCUGUGGUGUCUGUUGCCGUGGGUUACCGUGUGGGUGUUGAGUGGGGUCGGGGCGGUGUGGGGGUGCGUGAGGGUGCUCUACCUGUGGGAGCCCGUCACGCCUCUCCACUCGCCCAAAUCCGUGGCCUUCUGGAGACAACGCAAGCAGGCCGACCUGCACCUGUACAGGGGUGACUAUGCCGCUGCGGUGGCCAGUUUAGAAAACUGCCUGUCCAUCUUAUCCAGAGCCCUGCCCACUUCCGGUUUAGACCUCGCCUGCUCCCUUUCCUGGAACCUUGUUCGAUACUGCCUGCAUAGCCCCACCCCUCUGGGUUGGCUGGUUCGUCAGGUUGGGGGAAGACACAAGGGGGAGGAGUCUCAGACGAGCUCCCGAGAUGCGGCGUUGGUCUACCAUAGGCUCAGCCAGCUGCAGCUCACGGGUAAAGUGUCAGAGCGUAGCAGUGUGUGGAGUCUGUCUCUGUCUCUGAGUGCGGUGAAUCUGAGUGAAAGUGCCCAGGGCAAAAUGCCCCCUGCCCAGCUGCCCCACAUCUACGCCACAGCUGCCAUCGCCCUCAGGACCACGCUGGGCCACCACCUCACCUGUCUGCCCGGCUACCUGCUGAGCUGUGCCGAGACUGUGGCCGGUCAGUCAGACUGUCGGCCUCUCCCAGACGGUCUUCGCUGGCUCUUCACGCCAUUGGGCAGACAGUUUUUCCUCAGCUGUGAUUGGUCGGUGACGUCUGAGAACAAAGAGGGCGUGUACACGUCCCAGCGAGACGAAGCUGAUCCUGUGGCUCAGUUACAUAGGUGUUUCUGUGAGAAGCUCCUGGAGAGAGCUGUGCACUGUCUCAUACAGCCUCACACGGAGACCGAGACGAGCAAACGCAAAGAUGACUCAGGGGAGUUCUCGAGCGCGCUGGAGUUUCUCCAGCUGUUGAACAGCUGUACGGAGGAUAGCCCCGCCCCCUCUCCACCCUUCCCUGCCCCACCCAAUCACACCACCACGGCAGUGGGAGACCCUGUGUGUCGCUGGUGGGCAUUAGUGCUUAAGGCAGCUGUCCACUGGCUGCAAGGCGAUGAUGCGUCUGUGAGGUCACUCUUAGCAGAAGCCGAGCGCAUGCCCAGAGCACUUCACACACUUGACCACCCAUUGCCGAAGUCUGUGCAGCAGCUGUGUAAGGCGGUUCAGAUGAGUCUGUGUGUGCAGAAAGGAGACGGAGCCCUUGUGUGUCUGACUCACUGUGAGAGAGCCAGUGCCUAUCUCAGAGCCAGCAUCUCUGUCUCUGUGACACACACCAACCCCUGGCUAAACAAGGGGGUGGAGCUUCUGGUCUGUGACCUCUUACUGACCCUCAGAACCAGCCUAUGGCAGAGAGGAGGCGGAUCCAACGGAGAGCCGGCGCCCGCACAUGGCUCCCAAUUGGCCGGCUUCCAGAGAGACCUGAGUUCAUUGCGCAAGCUGGGCCAGGGCUACAGACAGGCCCAGCACAAGGUUUUCUUACAUGAGACCACAGUCAGGCUGAUGGCAGGUGCCAGUCCAACACGCACACACCAGCUACUGGAACACAGCCUCCGACGCCGCACGCAAAACUCUGGAUACACAGCAGAAGGUGACUGCAUACUUGGUGAGCGAGAGCGAGCUCACGCCAUCCUGUUGGCGUGCCGACACCUCCCCUUGCCUCUGCUGACCCCGCCCGGGCACCGCGCCCGCCUUUUGGCCGAAGCGAAACGGACGCUGGAGCGCGUGGGCGACCGUCGCUCGGUACAGGACUGUCAGCAGAUCCUGCUCCGUCUGGGAGGGGGCACCACCAUUGCCGCAUCCUGAACACAUUCCCCUCCCAACCCCCCACCACCACACCCAAAACAAUCGGCGCAAAUCCAUUUAUUACUCACGCCAGACACACACUGACAGGCCUCGGCGGUUAGCGAAAGCUCUUUCAGCUAGGCCAACAUGAGGAACCGUUUGUGCUAGUUUUCAGAGGCGCUUGUUAUAUUUCUUCUUUGUUAGUAAUUGGACAAGUUGGGUUGGUGGUUUAGAGACAGCAUAGCAAUGACUGUUGGAAGAUAUUCCCCCUCACAUGGCCCUUCCAAAGUAUGCUUCUGACCAACAAUGUUAGAUAGUAUUCCUGAAUAUUUAUGGCAGCCACAGAAAUAGGAAAAUAGUAGCCAACGUUAGCAAGCUGCGGCUGUUGUUGGUGGGUGGAGCACAGUCCUGGUAACAGGUCUUAAAUCACUUAACAAAUGCAAACACACCUGGGACAGCAAUGAACUGAAUUUGGUAGAACUCUUUGUCCACCUACUGAGUGUAAAAGAGCCACAUAAACAGGUC